AUGUUCGAACUGAACAUUGUCUUUCCGACUGAAGCAACAUGGCUGGUGGUGCUCAAGUCUUCUGGCAUCCAAGGAUGGGAUGCGGUCCGAUCCGACAUUGCCACGCACUUCCCGGACUACGACUUGUACCUCAACAGCGCUUCCUGGGCCCAGCGCCGUGUACUCCGAGUUGUUGGAGAUGACGGUGAUGUGGCAUACCCUACUCGGGAGGAUCGAGUGUGGCCGGACAAUGCCCUGUCCAGGUGCAUCAAGAUCAAGCCCGACAAUGUUCCGUUGUUCCCAAGACAGCAGAGCCAAGCCUCGUACUUCGCUUUUGCGGAGAAGGAGGUCUUGGACGUCCUGGAGGGACAGCUGGCGCUCCUGUCGCACAUUUGUGCGUAUGAAGACAGCCGCAAUGAACGCUUCCUCAGCGACGUUGUCGUCUGGAAGUACCAGUUUUUGUGCUGCUGUUUGGGAGCUUUGUCAAAGGAGCUCCUGGAGCAGAUCCGUGAUGAAAUCAAGAGCAUCUCCCAGUUGGCGUGGGACCAUGGCUCUUGGUUCGUUCGGAACAGCAAGGCCAUGUCUGGCGUUCUCCGUCACGGAUCUUCCUCAGAACUGGGGAAGUACAUGGAGCUUCCGUUGGAAGGGCUCCAGCAGAAACGGAUCAAACCGUUCGAUUGGGCGCCGGCGGGGUUCUUCGCCUUCAUCGUGGCCAACACGAAGGGUCGUUUUCAGAUUUGGAUCGGGCCGGUGGCGCUGAGUUUCGACAACCUGGGGCAGAUCGAUUUCCACAUCGGAAUGUCUGCGGUCCAAGGCCACUCCCACUUGCCCAGGCAGGUGGAUCCUUCGGCCUGGGGCACGAAGCUCUCGUUGGAGAGGCGCCGAGAUCUUGGCUACAUCUUCCACGCGACCGACAACAACACGUCCUGGUCGGUGAAGGAACAGGGCCUGCUGAUCGAGGGGCCGGGCACGGUGAUCCGAUACGGUCGGAACAUCUUCUUCGCGGCCCUGGACGUUGUGCUCUCCUAUGUCGACGUCCCAGCGAUGUUCCUCUCGUUCCACUAUCGGCCGCCGCACGAGCAAGAUCCCGGAGGAAACACCAAGCCAAACUGCGGGUGGCUCUCCAUCAGGUCACAUGAUGACGUCCCAACGUUGAACGAGGACGAGCUUCGCGAGAUGAUCAAGCAGGAUGAGCUCCGUGAACAGAAGAAACGUCAUCCUACUCCUACCCGUACGAGGUCGGCGACCGUGCGCGGGAAGGUCAACGUUGGCAACAUCCGUCGGGAAGAGGAGAUCCAGGAGAUCCUCGAGCGAGCAAGGGCGAAUCCAUGGCAUUUGUACAACCGCGGCGUGCUCAAGCGCAUGGACGCAAACAAUCGACCGGCCUUGUCGCACUAUGGUGAUGGACAAGUCAAGAUCACACCGUGGAACGCCAUGCCUCCAGAGGCCCGUGUCUUGCUUGGAGAAGAGUACAACUACGCCUCAUGGAUGCUUCAUCCGUUGUCUGGCUAUGGUGUGCAUUUCUUCCUCCGAGCUUUUGAGUACGGCAAGCUCCAGGGAACUACCUCACCGAGUCUCCCUGGUGGCAUCCCUGCGCUCCUCGACUCCAUCACGUCGCAAGUUGGGAACGAGCUCCGUCCUUUGAUCAACCAGGUGGGCUUCCCGCCGCCGUCGCAAGAUGAUCAACGGAAGGUGUCCAUCCUCAGCGAGACCUACGGCGAGGCGUUUUUCAGCUACAUGAAGAAGAACGUCAACAACAAGGAUCUUCGCCGAAAGUAUGCCGUCGCCACAGCCGAAGGACAUCAGCUAUGGGACUGCAGCCUCUACGAACCCUUCAACGGGCCCCUGUUGCUCUCUGCGCUUUCGAAGGAGCUUCAGGGAACAGUCUCGAAGGAGUUCAAAUCGAAGUUCGCCCGGAAGGCAAUGGCCGACCUGGCUUCCUACGAGGAGCUUCGAGCAAAGCGGGAGGCAGCGCUUGAGGAAAUGUAUUCCAGGCCCUAUGACGACAACAUCGUCAUCGAGGCGGCGCCGGCCGAUGUUCCCAUGACCGAGCCAGUGGACUCAUCUUUAGAUGAGAUGGUUGGUCAGGUCAAGAAGAAGCAUCCGGAGCCCGUGGCUCAGGAGGCAGAUCCUGACAGUCCUGUUCUCGCAGAUUUACCUGAGGAGCCAAGUCCUGGUGAGAUGAAGGUCGAAGAGGAGACGGAGAAACAAAGCAAGGAGCCUUUCGUUGCAGAGGGUUCCAUGCCGGGGCCGUCUGCCUCUGCUUCUGAGUCCGAAGAGAAGGUCUAUAACCAGGGCAUGUGGGGACAGACCAAGACAACUGUGGACCCGGAAACAAUAGAGGCCUUCAUCCGCUCUACAGCUGAAGCCGAACGUGUGAACGAUGAGAGCUUCGACAAGAUGGCCGACACCAAGGCGCUCCAGAAGCAGCUGAGGGGCUACAACAUGUCCGGAAUCUACCAUGUGGGAAUCCGAGACAACAAUAUGAACCUGUUCAAGCUGCAACAUAUGGCCUUGCGAGUUCCAGCAGACAGCCGUGUGGGAGCCAAGUACAAUCUGGUGGAGAGACAGAUGAUGGAUGCUUUGUGCUCAAUUGCUCCCAGAGGCGAGUUAAGAGACAAGGCCAGGUAUGUGAUCUUCAGAGCUGGAGAUUAUCGCUCAACACUGGACACCAAUCUUCUUGAGAGGUCGUCCAACGUUCGCGAAAAGAUCCUGGAGGUCCAGGUGUCCUUGCUGGAGAAGCUACAGGAGCUUAAGCAAAGUUCUCGUGGUGCCAGCAGGACCGAGCUGAUGAAUGCGAUGCUGCACUACUUCAUCGGCUGCAGCAUUAGCCUGAGUGAGGUUGGAGACUUGUCUUUAGACAAGAUACCAGAUCCUCGGGUUCACAACUUUGGCCUUCAUGAAGAUGAUCCGAUUCCGAUCUAUACCUCGAGGUCCAGCUGUACGAUCCUCCCCGUCAACCUUGGCAACUUCAUUCGUGGUGGCAAACGCACAGUGCCUUCGGUCUUCCGUGACGUCAUUGACGAGUCCAUGGACGAAGAGACCGUUUGUCCUCUGGUGAAGUCGCUGGCUCAAAGUAAGAGCCACCUCUUUUGCCUAUGCGAAGCAGCCACACUGAACGAGGAGGAGCUCAGCCACCUGAAAGGACGAGGUUGGACUUUGUUCCAGAACCCGGCCAAGGACCUGAUGGUGGCAAGCAGAACCAAUGAAAUCGGUUCCAGCAUUACCCAGCUCGCUGGAAGCAAGUUGAAGUACGAGGACCAUGCUCAUCUAUCUCUCAGUUACAUGAUCUGUGAGAUCGAGUAUGGCUACACACUUCCUUUGGGAAGUAGUGGUUUCCGCGGUGACUUCGACGAGGCAGUCUUCGCCAGGAAGCUGACCAGAGCUGGUUCCGAAAAGGUCCGAGCUUUAGCCACCAUGGUCACUGAUUGCCUGUUCUACCAGAUAGACAUCUUGGCCGGAGAUGCUAACGUGGCUCUUUACCGCUACGGUGGCAGCAACCAGAAGUCCAUGGACAUCCAAGGUGGAAUGUACCAAUCCAUCAUCGCCUACUUCCUCGAGGCGUGCAAAAAGCAGUCACAUCCGUUUUGUUGCCCAAAGGUGAGGCACGUUAGUGCCAACAGCCUCUAUGUGCUCAAACAAUACGAAGAUGCUUUGGGGCAACCGUUCCGCGAUUGCCCGCCGAUUGAUUGGAAUGUUUUCCCUGGAUUGGACCCACUGGUUUGCUCCAUCUCUGAAUGGGGCCACUCGCUCAGUGAUGAUGAGUGGAGCGAGAUCGUUGGCGAGCCGGCAGAGCACAAGCUGAAUGUGAGUGAGUGGGUUCUGAACUCUGACCAGUCGGGCUACCUCCUUGGCGAUCGAGGUACACACGCCAUUGUUGGUGGACAUCCUUCCACAGCAUAUGUCUCUGGCAAGGCGGAAGGAACUCGAUCGGAAACCAUAAAGUGUCCUAGAUGCCGAGAGGAGGAAAGACAGGCAGAGGGAGAACAAACGCAUGGGGAAAGUUCCUCAAACAGACCAACUGAGCCUGAUCAUCCUCCUCCUCGAAAGGGCAAGGACAAAGGUUCUCCGAAGGGUCACUACACCAGCUACGACGAGGGCAAGACCAAGGGCAAAGGAAAGAAGUGA